GCGGCCCCUUUUUUUAAACUCUGCCGAUCUCGACGUAGACACGCGAAGCCACGAUCGUCACGUUGUUCCCCCACACAACAUAUCGACGAUACUCUGCGUGGUUUCCUGUGGUGUCGGCACGCCACACUCGUUCAUUUCGUUCGCGUCCAGCCACGCUAGUUUAUGCUCAUUUCCUUCUUGACGGUUUUUUUCUUAGUUUCUCGCGGAAUCAGAGCCAUGUCGGGUAACAGCGAACGCACCUUCAUCAUGAUCAAGCCUGACGGCGUCCACCGUGGACUCGUCGGCAAAAUCGUCCAGCGUUUCGAAGAAAAAGGCUUCAAACUCGUCUCCAUGAAGUUCAUGUGGGCGUCUGAUGACCUCCUCGCCAAGCACUACGCUGAUCUCUCCAGCAAGCCAUUCUUCGGCGGUCUGGUUAAAUACAUGAGCAGCGGACCCAUCGUCCCAAUGGUCUGGGAAGGUCUUAAUGUUGUGAAGACCGGCCGUGUGAUGCUCGGCGCCACCAACCCCGCUGACAGUGCCCCCGGCACCAUCCGUGGAGAUUACUGCGUGCAAGUUGGACGCAACAUCUGCCACGGUUCCGACUCUGUCGAGUCCGCCCAGAAGGAGAUCAAUCUCUGGUUCACAGAGAAGGAGCAGAUUGGCUGGACCCCAGCUCAGAAGGAGUGGGUUUAUGAGGAUUAGAGAGGAUGCAUUUUGUUGUGAUCUUAAAGAACAUGCAUUUUAAAACGCGUAAAUUAUUCCCAAUGAUGUGUAAAGAGAUAUCAAAUGUGCUGUACUUGUACUUUGUAAUGUUAGGAACCAAUGAAGUGUGCACUCAAUUGCAAAUAAAACAUUGUUACACUUGA